AUGGACAGAUUGGCAGAUACCCAAGGCCGCUUCCUCUUCCUGAAGGGACUGAUUGCGGACAGGAUCUACACUCUCGCGACCAUAUACGUUCCCAACUCAAAACAAGCACAGUUCUUACGUGGGGCACUGAACAAGCUUCGCGGAUUCUCGGAAGGAGCCCUGAUAGUGGGAGGAGACUUCAACGCUCCGUUGGAUCCUCUGCUAGAUUCCUCCACCGGUCACAGCUGCAUCUCGCACACCCACAUCCGAUCUAUCCGCAAAGCACUAGGUGAGCUAUCCCUGGUAGACUGCUGGAGGACACUCCAUCCCGCCGACAGGGACUAUACACACUACUCGGCGCUGCACAAUUGCUACUCCCGAAUAGACUAUGUCCUUAUCAAACAAGUUGGACUGUCCCGCUUACGGUCGGCAACUGUCGAACCAGCCACGUGGUCGGAUCACGGUCCGGUCCGGAUUGAGUUGGAAUCCCCACUGUUCAAGCCGGCCACCUGGUCAUGGCGUCUUAAUGAAUCAUUACUUCAAGAUCCUACGAUAAAAGAAGAGAUUUCCCAAGCGCUGACUUCAUACUUCACGGAGAACGAGACGGAAGGGAUGUCGUCUGUGUCGGUGUGGGAGGCACACAAGAGUGUCAUACGUGGCAUACUCAUAGGUCUCGCAACUCGCAAGAGAAAGGAGGCGACCAGUGCAAUGGCAGACGUAUACGACACCAUUAAACGCUUGGAACUCCAACACAAACGGUCUCAGCUCACCGAGAAGUAUGGUGAAUUAAUGGAAGCUAGACGCACCCUGAACACUCUCCUCACGAAGCGAUAUCAACGCUCGCUCCAACGCUCGAAGAACUUUUUCUACGCACAUGCGAAUAAGGGCGGGAAAUUCCUCGCCCGCUUACUGAAAGGCGACACACCACGAACUCAAGUACGAAAGUUGCGCUUAACCUCGGGCAGAGUGUCCCCAUACCCAGAAGACAUAGCGGACGAAUUCAGGGCAUACUAUGAAUCCCUCUAUAACCUCCGUCCACCAGGGAAUCAGGCACCAGACGGGGAGGCACCGCCUCAUGUACAAACAUACAUCCAGGACACCGUGCGGGCACGAAUAGAUCCAAACGCCGCGUCCUUCCUCGACGAACCACUUACCACGGAAGAUCUCGCCGCUGCCUUGAAACACACUAAAAAUGGACGCGCCCCAGGACCCGACGGAUUCCCCUCGGGGUACUAUAAACAAUUCGCCACGGCGCUCUUACCGCGGCUGACAAGGGUGGUUAAUGAAGUCUCGGAGGGCG